UCCGUCAACACACGACACAUGUAUAUAACACUCGUCCGUUGUUUAUCUUGGCUCACCGAUAGUCAAUCAUUUUUCAAUUCACCGGUUUAUAAUUGAGUGCACUAUUAUUUCACUAUUUGUCAUUCCAAAGUGAUAAUUCGAGAGAAAGAAUUAUUUAAAUUGCUGGGACCUCGGUGAAGAUCUCACCGAAAUAAACAGUUGCUUCCAAUAACAAAGAGACUCGAGGAUCGCGCAGUUGCCCAAGUUGAGACAUUAUUGCAUAAUUAAUUACUCUUACCAAUUAAAGUGUCUCUAGAUCUUCCUGUGGACUUUUUUACGGAAUUAAAUGGUCAUCUGGAGGUUCGAAUGAACAUUUUGGUGCCAGUGGAUGUGGAAAUAAGUGAACAUGUGUCAAAAUAGUUGAUGAUGAUCUGCAAAAUAUGCAGAUUUUUUUUUAUCCACGACAAUACUUCCGAGGAAUGCAAAGUCUUUAUCACUGAGUCGCGAGAGAAUGAGGUUAGAAGAGAUGCCACUGCGACUCAGCUCGGACGAUCGCAAUUUCGAAAUGGACGAGGAGACUGACUAUCUUCUCCAGCCCUCCGACGACAAUUUUCCGCCCAUCAUCAAGAGAAAUAGAAGAAUUAACGCGUGCACUGGGUUUUUUAAACAUUUUCUCUGCGGGUGCUGCAGCUGGAUGUGGAGACGAUGCUGCAGGGAGCGGGAGCUCAGGGCCCGGACUAUUCACAUCGGAAAACCAGUGGGCGAGAAAUUUCCCACUAAUGUCAUCAGGAACCAAAAAUACAACAUCAUAACUUUUCUACCAUUUGUUCUCUUUCAACAAUUCAAAUUCUUCCUCAACCUCUAUUUCCUGAUAAUGGCGAGCUCUCAGUUCAUCCCGGAAAUAAGAAUUGGCUACCUGUACACCUACUGGGGACCACUGUGUUUCGUUCUAGCCGUGACAAUCUGUCGUGAGGCAGUGGACGACUUUCGUCGUUACAAGAGAGACAAGGAAGUGAACGGCCAGAAGUACAACCGACUCGUGCGAGGCUCUGACGUUCCCGAGCUGGUUCCCAGCUCGAAACUGAAGGUCGGGGACAUGAUAAUCGUGGAGAAGGGGCAGAGAGUGCCAGCGGAUCUAGUUCUCCUCCGAACGACCGAGAAAUCCGGCGCCUGCUUCGUCAGGACAGAUCAGCUCGAUGGCGAGACUGAUUGGAAGCUUCGGCUGACGAUUCCAGCGACCCAGAAACUGGAGAGUGACUCUGAAUUAUUCGACAUCAAAGCGAGCCUCUACGUGGAGAAGCCCCAGAAGGACAUCCACAGCUUCAUAGGGACCUUCACCAGGGAACACGGAGUUGAAUUCAUUGAGGAGAGCCUCGGGGUGGACAACACCCUCUGGGCGAACACCGCUGUUGCCUCAGGCUCAGCUCUCGGAGUGAUCGUCUACACAGGACAGGAGACAAGAUCCCUGAUGAACCACUCGGCCCCCAGAUCGAAGAUAGGACUGCUGGACCGAGAGAUAAAUCAACUGACGAAAGUCCUCUUCGCUGCUGUCAUCGGUCUGGCCCUCGUCAUGAUGUGCCUCAAGGGUUUCAACGGCCCUUGGUACAGAUACAUGUUCAGAUUUAUUCUCCUGUUCUCCUACAUCAUCCCCAUAAGCCUCAGGAUCAACCUGGACAUGGGCAAAACCUUCUACGCCUGGUGCAUCCAGAGAGACAAGGAGAUCAAUGGAACUGUCGUGAGAACAACCACAAUACCAGAAGAACUGGGCCGAAUCUCCUAUUUGUUGAGCGACAAAACUGGAACCCUCACGCAGAAUAAAAUGGUUUUCAAGAAAUUACACUUGGGGACAGCUUCGUAUGGACAGGAGUCCUUCGACGAGAUAUCCACGGUCUUGAAGAAUUAUUACCCUGCAGAGGGGGGAGUGAGUGCUGAAGACAGGGACGUGAAACGAAAGAGAAAUGUUCAGAACACCCCGGGGAUAUCGGGCAAAGUCAGGAGGUCGGAAAGCACUAGGAUCUACGAGGCUGUCCAUGCUCUUGCACUGUGUCACAACGUCACUCCAGUUUACGACGCCACAACUACUAGUGUGAAUGACGACUCGAGUAUCACAACUGUGGAGACAGUGGACACAGGGUCGAUUCAGAGUCAGACAGAGUCUGAUCAGCACUACUAUAAUUUCGAGCAGACCAGGAACUACCAGGCAUCGAGCCCCGAUGAGGUUGCUCUGGUCAAGUGGACUGAGGAAGUCGGUUUGACUCUCUUCCAGAGGGACUUGAAUGCCAUUCAGUUGAAGGCUGUCAACGGGGAGUUGAUGAGCUACGCGAUCCUCCAGAUAUUCCCAUUUACAUCGGAAACCAAGAGGAUGGGGAUAAUUGUUCGGGACGAAUCCACUAAAGACAGGGAGAUAACGUUUUACCUGAAGGGGGCUGAUGUCGUCAUGUCAGGGAUCGUGCAGUACAAUGACUGGUUGGAUGAGGAGUGUGGAAACAUGGCUAGGGAGGGCCUCAGAACCCUGGUCGUGGCGAAGAAGAGUUUGUCUGAGGAGCAGUAUUUGGAUUUUGAGACCAAGUACAAUGCAGCGAGGUGUGCAGUGAACGACAGACCUUCCAGGGUAGCUGCAGUCAUUGAGAGCCUCGAGAGGGAGAUGGAGCUGCUCUGUGUGACGGGGGUUGAGGACAGGCUUCAGGAGAGGGUCAGACCGACGUUGGAGCUCUUGAGAAACGCCGGGAUUAAAAUCUGGAUGCUCACUGGGGAUAAACUGGAGACUGCCACCUGCAUUGCCAAGUCUUCGAGACUCGUUUCGAGGACCCAGGGGCUUCACAUCUUCAAGAACGUCGUCACGAGGACUGAUGCACAUUUGGAGCUCAACACAUUCAGGAAGAAACAGGAUUGUGCUCUCGUUAUCAGUGGGAAUUCCUUGGAUGUCUGUCUUCAGUAUUAUCAGACUGAGUUCAUGGAGCUGGCUUGUGGGUCUCCAGCCGUCGUCUGCUGCAGGUGUUCACCCACUCAGAAAGCUGAAGUUGUCACUCUCAUUAAGAGUCACACUGGCAAGAGAACAGCCGCUGUGGGGGACGGGGGCAACGAUGUCUCGAUGAUUCAGGCUGCAGACGCUGGCAUUGGGAUCGAGGGAUUGGAAGGGAGGCAGGCCUCACUGGCCGCUGACUUCUCCAUCUGCCAGUUCAAUCAUCUUGCUAAUCUUCUGUUGGUCCAUGGGAGGAGGAGCUACAAGAGGUCUGCAGCCCUCUCGCAAUUCGUGAUUCACAGGGGACUCAUUAUCUCCACCAUGCAGGCAGUUUUCUCAGCUGUUUUUUAUCUGUCCUCUGUCGCACUUUAUCAGGGAUUCCUCAUGGUGGGGUAUGCCACCAUCUAUACCAUGUUCCCGGUUUUCUCGCUGGUUCUCGAUAAGGACGUGUCUAGAGGCGUUGCCAUCAAGUACCCAGAGCUGUAUAAAGACCUCAGCAAAGGGCGAUCUUUGUCGUACAAAACAUUCUUCAUGUGGGUCCUCAUCAGCAUUUAUCAGGGGGGAGUCAUCAUGUAUGGAGCACUCAUCAUGUUCGAGGAUGAGUUCAUUCAUAUUGUCGCCAUCAGUUUCUCCGCUCUUGUGCUCACUGAACUGAUCAUGGUGGCUUUGACCAUCAGAACUUGGCACCACAUCAUGGUUAUUGCUGAGCUCAUCUCUCUCGCACUUUAUCUACUGUCGUUAUUCGUUCUGAAGGACUACUUCGAUGCCGAAUUCAUCACGACUACUGAUUUCUUCUGGAAGGUUCUUGUUAUUACGUUGGUAUCGUGCUUUCCUCUUUAUGUACUCAAAUUUCUGAGGAAGAAAUUUUCACCCCCGAGCUACACUAAGUUAUCGUAAUUUCAUUUCUGUAUAUAACAACGUGUAAAUUAUUUUUUAUAGCGAGUGAAAUAUUGAUAAGUAUUAUUAUCGAAUUUAAUCGAGGGGAAGUGUAAAAUUUUCUGGCUGAACGCAAUUUUUUUUUGUUGAAAUCUAGACUUUGGAAAUUUCUGCUUUUCAUUUAAUGAAAAAAUCUUUUGUAAUUUGUGAAUCGAUUAUUCUCCUAGGAGUACGAAUAAAAUGUUGAUAGAGGAAUUUAUUCUUACUUUUAUUCUGUUGGUUUUAUCUUACUGUUACGUUUAAAAUUUUUGCUGCAUUUCUGCCUAUUUCUGUGUGAAUUUCUGUUACUUCUUUUUGAGUUAGGGUACGCUCCAUGUGUCUGUAAAUUAUUCGGUAACAGUGGGACGUUUUCUUCGUCUUUGAGUGAGUGAAAUUAUCGACAAGGGAAAUUUGCUCUAUGACAUCACCACCGAUAUCACGGGCUAGAUCGUAAAAAUCGUUUGGGGAGAAUUCUCGAUUCUCUGGUAACCAAAAGCUCAAGUCGUUGGCGCACUGGGGGUAGACACUGAUUGGCUGUAAUUCGGAGAAACGAAAUGUCAGAUGAUUGUGAACAAUUACUCGAUGUACACUUAGAACGUUGAAGGAAUAAAUGAGUGAAUUAUUUAA